AUGAGUUCAGUUAAAACGUAUACGGCCUACGCAUUUGAGACUCUGUACUCAAAAUUGCACAAAACGGACCCAAUUCCGUUCUCCAAGUGGAAGCUUACUCUGGAAAACGACUCGAAUGUGGUGACCGAAAAGUGCCCUUUAUUUGUUACGUGGAACAUAAAGCAGGGAAACGAUAAGGUUUUGCGUGGAUGUAUUGGGAACUUUAGCGAUCUAACGCUACCUGCCGGUGUUCGUGAAUACGCUCUGAUUGCUGCUCUAGAGGAUCCAAGAUUUGAGCCUAUAACUCUACGGGAAUUACCAAAGCUCUCGUGUUCUGUGACACUGCUCAAGAACUUUGAGACCGGAAAAGAUGCUCUUGACUGGGAAUUGGGCAAACACGGAAUCAGAAUUCUGGUCAAUGGUAAAAGGUCUGCUACAUUUUUGCCCGAGGUUGCCACGGAGCAAGGAUGGACAAAAGAGGAGACGUUGCAACACCUUGUUCAGAAAGCGGGCUACUAUCAAACCAACUGGGAAGAGGCCGACAUAGAGCUUACUAGGUACCAAGGGAUUAAGGAGACUUUGGAUUACGACACUUUCAUGAGUUUACGGGAGAAACUGCAAUGA